AUGAUGUCUUCGGAUGAAACAGAAGAUGUGCUACCAAGAGAUGAAGAGAUGCUGAAAACGAAGAAAGACAAGUACAAAGUUAUCGCGUUGCUCGGAAAAGGAGGUUACGGAGCAGUGUACUCGGUGCUCCGUCAAAGCGAUUCGGAGAAGUUCGCCAUCAAAUGCGAGAAGGCGGCUGCAGCAAAGAAAGUGCUUCUGAUGGAUUGUAAUGUGAUGAAAGGGGCGACUCAAAUCAAGAGUCGUCAUUUUUGUACGGUUCUCGAUCGGGCAAAUGUCAAGGAUCGAUUCAAUUUCAUUGUGAUGAAGUUGAUUGGAAAGAAUUUGUGGGAUUUGAGACAAGAUCGUCCGGAUGGAAGAUUCUCAUUGGGUACUGCCUUGAAGACUGCCGCUCAGUGUCUGGUGUCUAUCGAACAUCUUCAUAGUUUCGGCUACCUUCACCGUGACAUCAAACCCGGAAACUUCGCAGCUGGAAGAACGGAGUCUAAUGAGCACCAUACGAUCUUCAUGCUUGACUUCGGCCUGUGUCGUGAAUUUGUGAAACGAGCUGAAGGAAAAGAUAUGAGAGCUCCACGUGCAACUGCUCCAUUCCGAGGAACAACUCGAUAUGCUCCACUGGCUGCAAUGCUUCAGCAGGAUCAAUCAAGAAAAGAUGAUAUUGAAUCAUGGCUGUAUAUGGUGGUUGAAUGGACUUCUGGAGGUCUUCCGUGGCGGAAAUUGAAGGCAUCGGAUCGUGAUAAAGUACUGAUUUAUAAGAACGAAGUGAGAAGUAAGCCGGAUAUUCAGGAUGAUUUCUUCUAUAAUUGUCCCAAAAAGGAAUUCGGGAGAAUUUUGAAGUACAUCGACACCCUUGGCUACUACGCCGUCCCUGACUACAAGUUCAUCUACUACUGUGUCCAACACGCUGCCACUGCCAACAAAAUCAAGGAUAACGAUCCGAUCGAUUGGGAUCCGGACCGCCCAUAUUCCGGACCGGUCGAGUGUCCGGGAGAUGGAAAAGUGAUUGAUUUGGAUGUGGAAGAUGGUGCAUCGACGAAGGACUUCUCGAAGAAAAAUGCAAAGGAAAAGGAGCAAAAGGAGAAGGAAAAGGAAAAUGAUCAAAGUGAUGAGACUAGAAAAGGGAAGAAGAAGAAUGUGACGGCAUCACCCAACAAGGAGAAAACGGAGAUUAAAGAUGUCAAGAAAUGA